AUGGCCGCAGUGAACGUGGCCAGGGGCUCCUGUGUGCAGGCUGACGACGGUUUACCGACGGCAGUCAUGGAGUUGGACGGCGAGAAGUACGAUAUCAAGUGGGAUAGUUGUGCCAGAUAUUCUGUAGCGGGGACAGACUGGAUGGAACGUGGAGAGCGAGUGCGGGGACCAGUCCCAGUGGACUAA